AUGUUAACAUCAGUAUUAUUAAUUCUGAUUAGAUCUGCUGAAAAGAAUGAUCCUAGUAUCAUUAAUCAAAUUUUGACUCUAGCUAGUCAAUUUUGUGAACAAAUCCCAAUGAAACAUUUAUCAUCACCUGUAUUAUCACCGACUACACAUCAUUUCUUGUGGAAACCGUUGCAACCUUUAACAAAUUAUAUAAAUGAAUUAUAUCUAUCAGAAGAUCAACGCAUAUCAAACCAAUGUGUUAAAAUUCUGUUAAGUAUCUCAAUCGUAAAAGGAUCACUAAAAGAUAUUUUAUCUGUAUUGAGAAAGCUAAUAUUCAAUAAGGACGAUGUUUACAAUGUACGAGGUCUGUUACUACAAAUGAACGAUUGUGUAUUAGGAACUAUUAGUAGAAGAGAAGAAAUGAUGCAUAAGACACUUAUUAAAAAAGCAAGUGUCUCAACUUCGCAUUCAGAUUCAAAUGAAGAUGCAAAUGAAAAUGAAGAUGCAAGUGAAAAUGAACAUGCAAGUGAAAAUGAAGAUGCAAAUGAAAAUGAAGAUGCAAGUGAAAAUGAACAUGCAAGUGAAAAUGAAGAUGCAAAUGAAAAUGAAGAUGAAACCGAAGGUGACAAUGUCAACUCAUACGUCAGACAAGACUACGACAAUGAUACAGCAUUGAGCGAAGCUGCAGGUCAGAAUAUUGUCCGAUGA